GGGUGCAGAAACCGACUUUUCUCUGAACUUUGUUGACAAGUCUUGUUAAAAUAGUAUCCGAGCUAGAAUUUUGGUUCACAUGUGUAUUUUUCAAAUAAUGGAACCUAUUUAUGGAUUUGACAAUUUUGAUGUGACGUCCUUGUGGAAGCAGUCGCGUGCCACGAAGACAAGUCGGCUUGUGAGUGCGAGUGGGGUUUCACGAUUCCUUCUUUCGCCCAGUUUGUGUCACUUUUUUAUGUGAAUGUUAAAAGUGCUCUUUGUGUGAAUGGCCGUGCAACUCAUUGCAGUCGAACUAUGAUGUUUCUUUACUUAUAGACAUGAACAUUGAAGGAUUUUUUAUCUGCAAUUAAAGGCGUUCUCGUCGAUGUUAGUGAAUUGCACUGCUAAACAGUUUUGACAGUUCAUGUGAAUGACACUUGUGUCAAGUUAUAUGUCCGGCCAUCUUCAUGUAUAUUAUCACUGACUAAGGAUUUGGGUGAACUGCUCGAUUUAACAUUGCCUUUUCCCCUCAUAUACCUGCACAAUUGACAGCAAUGACAAGAAGUGAAGAAUUGUAAAAUAAGAACAGUUGAGAAUGGAGAAAAGUGACACGUGUAAGAUGAAUAAACAUAAUCAACCUUGAAAGGCCAAUUUGGGUACCGCAUCGGAGCCACCUUAGACCAGAACAGCCUGAGCCUCUUCCAGACGGACACGCGCAAUGCCUUACCCUACAAUGUCCCCAUCGGAGUUCCACCCUCUAACUGCCUGCUUCCUGAGCACCAGAAUGAACAGUUUGUUGAAUAUAACCAUAAUGCAAGCAACAUGACUGAUGUAGACUUGUCCACACAACAUAUGAACGGCCACAUGGCUCGUGCAAACAAUUUUGACAAUCCUGUGGACUUGACCAAUGGUAAAAUGGUCAAAGUGAAUGGCUGUGGGAAAGCGGAUGGCCAGUACGAUACGGACAAGAGACUUCAGUCACAUUACAGCCACAAUGGUGUCUCAUCCACAGUCACUGUUGGAAUUCCAGACCAGUCUCAUGAUGCUGCUGCCCACUUGAUGGCUGGCUCUCUCACUCCUCCUGACAAGGUGAAUGGAGAGAUGGGGCCCACUGCCACAACGAGCCCCUUGUCCAUCAACACCAUGGCAACCACGAUACAAACCCCACCCAGUCCCAUGCCAACUCCGUCCCCUCCGAUGAUGAGACACACAGAAGUAGAUCAAAGACCUGACAUACGCCAUCCCAAUGGCUAUGAAAGAAGCCACCAUCAAGACCAAAGAUUAACUAGGGAAGCAAUGAGAAAAUAUUUAAGGGACCGAGGGGACCAAAUAUUGGUAAUAUUACACGCAAAAGUGGCCCAAAAAUCAUAUGGAAACGAAAAAAGGUUUUUCUGUCCACCACCAUGUAUAUAUUUAUUUGGUAAUGGCUGGAAGAGGAAGAGAGAAGAAAUGGAGCGAGAAGGGGCAUCAGAACAGGAGUCCCAAGUGUGUGCCUUCAUGGGGAUAGGCAACUCUGACCAGGACAUGGUCCAGCUUAACUUAGAGGGAAAAAAUUACUGUGCUGCCAAGACACUUUACAUAUCUGACUCCGACAAACGGAAACAUUUUAUGUUAUCAGUAAAACAGUUCUAUGGCAAUGGACAAGAUAUAGGAGUGUUUAACAGCAAGAGAAUUAAAGUCAUAUCAAAGCCCUCCAAGAAAAAACAGUCAUUAAAAAAUGCUGAUUUGUGUAUAGCUUCAGGGACCAAAGUGGCGCUGUUCAAUCGACUGAGGUCACAAACAGUUAGUACGCGCUACCUCCAUGUGGAUGGUGGCAACUUCCAUGCCAGUUCAACGCAGUGGGGUGCAUUUACUAUACAUUUGUUGGAUGACAAUGAGAGUGAGUCUGAGGAGUUUACAGUACGGGAUGGUUAUAUACAUUAUGGCUCCACCGUCAAGCUGGUCUGUUCUGUUACAGGGAUGGCAUUACCCAGAUUAAUUAUAAGGAAGGUAGAUAAGCAGACAGCGUUGUUGGAUGCAGAUGACCCAGUAUCACAGCUACACAAAUGUUCCUUUUACAUGAAAGACACAGAGAGAAUGUACUUAUGCCUAUCUCAGGAGAGAAUUAUCCAGUUCCAGGCGACACCAUGUCCCAAAGAGCCCAAUAAAGAGAUGAUCAAUGACGGGGCCUCAUGGACCAUCAUUAGCACAGACAAGGCAGAAUACACAUUCUUUGAGGGCAUGGGCCCAGUGAAAUCUCCAGUGACCCCAGUCCCUCUGGUCAACAGCUUACAUUUAAAUGGUGGAGGAGAUGUGGCCAUGUUGGAACUGACGGGGGAGAACUUCACACCUACUUUACGUGUGUGGUUUGGAGAUGUGGAGGCAGAAACCAUGUACAGGUGUGAAGAGAGUAUGCUAUGCGUGGUCCCUGACAUAUCAGCCUUCAGGUCAGGCUGGAGGUGGGUCAGGCAACCCUUACAGGUGCCAGUGUCCCUGGUGAGGAACGAUGGUGUGAUCUACGCCACAGGCCUGACCUUCACCUACACCCCAGAGCCUGGGCCCAGACCACACUGUGCCACCACAGACAGGCUGCUGAAGGGAGGCAGUCUCUCCAGCCCAGACUCCACCUCACAGUUUAUAAACCCUUUAUAGACACAGGCAGGCAACAUGCUGCAUGCUCACCAGCCCAGCCUGUCAUCGGUGGAGAAGCCAACAGGCUAAGCUGUGCCCUAAUGAGGUGUAUAUUCCAGUAUUGCCAAAGGAGUAUUCUCUGAAGGCCAGUAUGCUGUCCUCCCUGGCGGAUGGACAGACAGACAGACAUAUGGCUUUAUUUCCUAGAUAUUACUAGUGCCUUUGAACCCUUUACUGCUACAUCAUUGUAGGAUGUGUGACUUGACGGACUUUCAGUCCAGUGUUGUCUCAAGGAACUAAAUGGAUUUGAACUGUGCAAACGCCAAGCCAUUUGGAUUCGGGACAACAGACAAUGAUGAUUAUUGCCUGUCCAUUGCUGUCAUUUGACAGUGAUAUCAGGCUGUUGUAAGCCUGUGAUCAGUAGUUGACAUAAGGCUGGAUUCGAGUCUGGGACAGUAACUGCUACCAAGGGACAUAACUCUCAAGAGGAUUGAGUGUGGAUAUUCUGCUCUAAAUGCAAACAGCUGUGAGCUCCUGUAAAACAGACUGUACUUAUUUCAUAGUGCUGAUACAGGGUCAUUCGUUAUAUAUAUACACAACUGUGAAUGGACUGAAUGCCGUGUAAUGCAACUGCAGGUCUGACAACAAAAUUACUUGUGGUUAACAUACACUGCACAGUGAUCUUACAGAUGCCUAUACAUUCUGACACUGGAUACUUUUCCUAUGAACUUACAAUAGUCUAUACACUCAAUGUACAGUAUAAAUCAAGUGCCUGAUCAAGACAACAUGGAGACUGUAUAUUUUACCCGCUUGAUCAGAGAUGUGCAUGUAAAUAUAUAAGUACACAUAUAUAUAUAGAUAUAUAGGUGGAAAGGGAGAUAAAUCCACCCCUUUCCCUCUGCAGUUGACAUGCACUGUUUUAGUUCAGUUGAAUGUACAUAAUAUGACAGUGAAGACCUAAACCAAUCCCUGAUUGUCAGAUGUUUUAUAAAUAAAGACAGACUAUUUCAUGAAUUAUCACCCUUCACCCAUCUUCACCUCAUACAUAUCUGUAUACAUGUUAACUGGUUAGGUGACAUUUUGGAACUGUUGCAUGUUGGUUAUGCAUAAUGGAGGCAUAUGCAAUGAUAUAAGCAUAGACUACGACAGGUCAUUAUCUUGUUCUAUAUGGAGCAGUCGGCAUGUUUGAAUUGGCCAGGCAAAGUUAUUAUGGGAUAUAUCUUUCUGAUCCUUUUUCUUAAAGGGAUACAGAAUCGACAUCGAAUGGCUCAGAGUAGAGAUGGAGUAAACCAUGCAACCUUGGUUACGCUUGAAUAAAUCUGUUAUUCAUAAAAGUCAGCUUAGGCUAGGCAUAACCUCGACAUGCCUAUCUCUCACACCAGCCAAUCAGAAUCAGUAUUCUGUAUUCCUUUACACCCGUGUGGAAAUAACAUUUUAAAAAGUAGAAGUAAGUCUGCACAUGACACGUGUACAGAGGGUAUGACUUAUGUCCCUGUAAACAAAACCAUAGAAUAUGCAUCGGCCCCCCUCUCAGAAAAUAGUGGGUUUGUGUGUAUGAUAAUCUGGGCAUGUAAUACAUAUGUGACUGAGCUGCCACUGAGUUGAACUACCAGGUAACAAGAAACAUGCUUGAAAUUGUCAGAUGGGUAUACAGUAGACAUGGGCAUUAUAUACAUGUAAUCGUUCAUCAACUAAGACUUGAAAAUCAUUCUUUUUAAAUACAUAUACAUUUCAUCCGACAGGCUGUAUAUGACAGUCAUUUUUCAAGGAGGGUUGUAGUACAUGCUCCUGUGGAUGUCAUUACUCAUCUGUAAGUUGACAACCCCAUCUGCAUGCACCCAUCCUUAUCACUGUGAAAAUUGACAGGUGUGUUCUGUCCAUUUCCUUGUGAAGAUUGUCAGGUGUGCCUUGUCCCAUUUCCUCAUUAAGAUUGCCAGGUGUGUUAUCUAUAUCCUCAUGAAGACUGACAAGACUGUUGUCCAUUUCCUCACGAAGAUUGUCAGGUGUGUUCUGUCCAUUUCCUCAUGAAGAUUGUCAAGUGUGUUUUGUCCAUUUCCUCAUUAAGAUUGCCAGGUGUGCUCUGUUUAUUUCCUUGUGAAGAGUGACAGGUGUGUUUUGUCCAUUUUCUCAUGAAGAUAGUCAGGUGUGUUGUGUCACAUUUCCUCAUUAAGAUUGCCAGUCGUGUGUGCUAAAAUGCAGCAUCCUUCGAAUCUGUGUAUGUCAGCUAUCUGGUAACUUGUGAUGUAAGCCAGCUAGACCCAUCGGUUGUGAUACCAUUUUAAAACCUAACAUGAAGGCUGUACAAAAUAUCAAGCAGGUCAGAGUAUUAGAUAUACAUGUAGUUUCUGGGAGCUUAGUAUUCUUUUUGUACUUGGAUUUUCAGUGCAAAUAUGUGGGUGGAAUUUGAAAAAAAUGAAAUUUUGUUUUAUCACGACAGACACUCAAUUAAAAAGCCGAUGACAAAAGUUUUGUCACACUACAAGGGUGGUCACUCUGAUAUGUUGCCUUGUUUCUAUUCAUUUAACAAAUUGACAGUGAAAUGCAUUUAAGAUUCACUAGGAAUUUACUGGUAUUUUGAUCUCAUGUUAAAUAUACCAAUACAGUUGUAUUGAGAAUUUUAAGUAUGAGAAGCAGGUUUACCUGAUGGUACCUGAAACGAUACCAAAAUUCACAGAUUAAUUAGUUCAAGGUCUUGUAGGACACAAUCCAUAUGUAAAAUACAUGUACUGUAUACAUGUGUAGGAAUGAUUCUAUGACCAAAACCUUGAGACCUCUGAUACUGCAUGGUUCAGCUUCAAUAAAACUGCAAUAAAUUCAUUAAUGCAUAUUCAUUUCACGAAAUAACUUGAAACAUUUGUGAUUAAUACUCAGUUGAGAAUUUUAACAUUAUAUUUUAAUUAGUUUCAUUUCUGUGACUGCUUGUACCUGUGAUUUUGAAUGUUUGUUCAAGUAGUUUGAAAUUCAAAGUAUUUUUGUAAUAACUUCAAAGUUUAUGUUUUUGUAAUGGAAAAGCUCUAUGUUUACUUAACUGAGCACUUGCACACCAGGCACGUAGAUAACCAAAGCUUAUUGUCAUCAUUUUGGGGGGAAAUACAUGGGGAGAUGUACUUUAGUUGCCUUACACUUCACCUCUCACGAAGCUUUUGUGUACUACAGUAGUAGUGCAUGUACUACUAUUUCUUGUAGGGGAGUUCUUAUUUAGCUGUGUGAAGCCACUAUAUAUUUUUCUAUUUACCAUGACUGAGGCACCUGCAGUGUAAGCAAACGUACAUUUUUAUCUAUGCCCUUCACAACCAUCUUGUCUUCAUUAAAUGUAUUUCUCCCCCCCCCUUUCCCCUUUUAUAUGUGAAGUUGAUACCUUCUCAUUGGAGUCGCAUUUCU